AUGGCGAGUGGUCGAGAGGCAGCAACAACGACGCCCAGCGGUGGUGAGGAUGCAAGGGGAGAUGUACGCGCCAUGCAGGAUGACAGGCCACCUCCAGCACUGGUGUUCUCACCAGAGAAACAACAGCAGCAGCAUCAGCAGCCACCAUCGAAAAACCCACCCACAACCACGGCCACAACAUCAGCAGCAUCGGCAGCGUCGGCGCCAGUGGUGCGGCGGGCGCAGAUGCUGCCGGACUUUGCGCCAAAGGGCGGAAAGCCCUCGCGGCGCCAGCGCGAUGACGGGUUUGACAUGAGCGAGGACGACGACGAGGAUGACGACGACGAAGAUGAAGACGAAGACGACGAGGACGAGGACGAGGAGGACGAAGACGACGACGACGACGAUGAGGAGGAGGAGGAUGGUCAGCAGCGCUCGGCGCGGCAGAAGAAGUCCUCGAACCGCUUCACCUCGUCAACCAGCUCCGAACGGUCGCUAUCUCCAACCUCCGCUUCAAUAUCUGCAAGGAGUCCAAAGGGCAAAGCAAGAGUACAGCGUGUCGACAAGUCUCCAACCAAGCCCACUCCACAACGGAGCAAAGAAGAGUCGACAGAGUACUGGCUGGAGCAGAUGAACCUCAAGGAUGCCGAGCUUGCCCGUCUCAAACAGGACCUCGCCACCCUUCGCCGGCGGCGCGUGGAGCUGCAGGAGCUCCUGCAUCACGAGCGCGAGCACCACCACGAACUGCACAGCAUGGGCACCUCCGAGGACGCCUGGCUCGCGGAAGAAACGGGACAGGAGACGCUGCAGGCGCUGAUCAAGCGUGUGUACAGAGAAAACCAAAUCAAGGCGCGGAAGAAUGUACCCGAGCCAGUGCGGGAUGUGCUUGAGGAUGCGCGAGCGCUGCUUGAUCCACCGCCGCCGCAGCACUACAACGCUGUCCGCCGCGUCUGCGAAAAGACCCCGUCCAUGAUCACCGCCCUCACUUGCUACGUCGCAAAGUGCCGCUCCGAGGACGAGGCGGCGGGGAAGAAACUUGCUGCGCACUACCUUGCAUUGCAGAAGGAGUGGACGCGGCGCGCCCGCCGGGCCAUAGUCGACGCGCGCCAGCAGAGCCUCAGCAACUUUGAGUAUUUCCAGGAGGUGCUGCCGAAGAGCGUGCAGACGGAGCCCCCUGGCGCGGCGUAUGACCCGGACCUCGAGUCCACAUCGGGCGUCGACCCCGCCGAUGUUCCCAGCAUCUUCGAUCCAAACGACGUCGCCUGCACCUUCAACCACAUUGCUCGUGUUGCACGGGAUUCUCCGCAGCUGUUUGGCCACGCCAAGCGCACCCAGCCGCGCAUCGUGGACACCAACAGGCUCGUCGCCGACCCUGUUGGGCAGCACGAGAUUCUUGCGAAUGUGAAUGCGUGGACGGCGGAGGAGGAGCAGACGUUUCUGAAGCGGUACAUGCAGACGCCAAAGGACUUUGUGAAGAUUGCCAAGCACCUGCCUCGCAAGUCUGUUGCGGAGUGUGUGUUGUACUACUACCGCUCCAAGUACCGCGUUGGCUACAAGGCACGGCUGGAGCAGCUGCGUAAAGAGCGCAACCAAAAGCGCAGGAAGAAGGAGAAGAGCAAACGAAGGCGAGAUGGAAGCAAAGCAAAGGCAAAGCAGCAGCAACAACAACGACAAGAACAAGAGGAACAGCAGCAGCAGCAAGAAAAACAGCAGCAGCAGCAAGAACAAGAAGACCAGCAAGUGAAGCAAGAACAAGAAGAACAGCAGGAAGUGAAGCAGGAAGCCAAAGCCAGUGCACAGCAGCAGCAGCGACCAUCGAGCAGCAGCCGGGAUGCGCGACAGGGAGGAGCCGCAAGGGCGAAAGAGCAGUAA